GCGCUUCAAAGCAGAGAACAAAAUCCGUUUAAUUUUAAUUUUUUUCGACCGCGACCACCGUCAUUGACCGUUCGUUUCUUUUCGUGUAAUUAAAUUGGUUCCGCAAUGGCCGCUACGGAUCGUAUGUACGCGUUGGACGAUCUACCGCAGCUGAUCGAGGGCGUCAGCUCGGAGCACGUCGUCGGGGUAACGCAGUUUAUCGUCAGUAUGAUGUCCCAUCCGGCCUACGGGCAGAAGUACCGCUGGAGCAAGGAUGACUUCGAGCUGGGUUGCGCCCUCGGACGGGGAAAGUUCGGUCGAGUGUAUUUGGCACGCGAGAAGCACAGCAAGUUUAUGGUGGCUAUGAAGGUGAUGUUUAAAUCGGAACUGGUUAAGGGUCGGGUGGAGAAGCAGCUGCUGCGCGAGGUUGAAAUUCAGUCUCGAUUGAAGCAUCCACAUAUCCUUCGAUUGUACACUUGGUUCCACGACGAUAGACGAAUCUAUUUGGCGCUGGAAUUGGCUUCACAGGGCGAACUGUACAAACAUUUGAAAGCAUCCCCGCACGGACGGUUCAAUGAGAAACGUUCGGCGAAAUACACUUACCAGGUUGCGGACGCACUCAACUAUUGCCACGCAAACAAUGUCAUCCAUCGUGAUUUGAAACCGGAGAACAUUCUUCUCACCGAUGACGAUAAUGUUAAACUGGCCGAUUUCGGUUGGUCUGCCCACACCAAUUCGAACCGGCGCAAGACGAUGUGCGGAACGCUCGACUAUCUGCCCCCGGAGAUGGUGGACGGUAAGAUCUACGAUGAUUCGGUGGACCAGUGGUGCCUGGGGAUUCUGUGCUACGAGUUUCUGGUCGGCUGUCCGCCGUUCGAGUCGGAAACGACGGAAGCCACGUACGAUCGGAUUCGGCGGCUCGAGGUGGACUAUCCGCGGUUCAUGAGCGUCGGCGCAAAGGAUUUGAUCUCGAAGCUGCUGCGGAAGCCGAGCAGCUCCCGGAUUACGCUGGUGGAUGUUAUGAAGCACUUUUGGAUUAAGGAGAAUAUGGGUAACUGAAGCGAACUGAGAGAGAAGUUAUUUAAUGCCGUGUUUUUAAACUGUUUCGAAUCUUGUGUAUCUAUAUUAUAAA